AGCCACAUUUCAUUAAUGAGCGUGCGCCCGGGUACCUCACGGAUCAAGCCUUUCAGAGAUUAAAAUGUGUUUGAACAGCUGAUCGUAGUUAUAGAUCAAACUUUCACCAGGUAUAUUCAGAAUAUAUCUUUUUUUACGGAAUAAGAUUGGAUGCAAAAAACAGAAACUUGCAGCAAUGUUUUUUUUUACUAUUUAAAAAAAAGUAUACAUGACGGAAGCUGUUUGUAAAAGGGCUUCAGUGGUAGACUAGCCUAUCUAUACAAUCAAUGUUCCUCGGAGGACUGAACAUAUAUGGAUAACAACAAUCUAUUAUCUUUUGCAUACAUCCCCGAAGGAGUUCUACAAAAUGGGCUGGCACCACCUUGUGUAUUAAAUUAGAGCAUUUUGUUUUGUUUCAUUUCAUUGCAGGUGUCAGUAAGAGCCAAGACGGAUCAAAGUUUCUAUAUCUGAAGCAAAUAAASUAUAAGGAGAGUGUGCAGAAAACCCAUAUCACAACUGCAUCACUACGUGCAUCUUUUUCUCCACACUUCGGGACUGUUUAAAAGUGCUUGAUCCAGGAGAAAGACCACAGAAAGAUCAUUUAUAUUUUGAGUAAAGUAGGCUACGGCGUUUUGGUUAUAUCUUGGAUACGGAGAUCGACGACUUAGUUAUGGAAGUCGCAGCUGAUCAAUCUCGGUGGAUGGCGCAUCACCACGCGGUGUUGAAUGGGCAGCACCUGGACUCGCAUCACCACAGCCUGACCCACAACUACAUGGAGCCCAUGGCGCCGCUUUUGCCCCCAGACGAGGUGGACGUGUUUUUGAACCACUUGGACUCUCAGGGGAACCCCUACUAUGCCAACUCCCGGGCUAGGGUUACAUACAGCCAGACACAUGCUCGCCUUGGGAGUCAGGUUUGCCGGCCACACCUCAUCCACAGCCCUGGCAUUCCGUGGCUGGACAGCGGGAAGGCGGCCAUCUCUGCUGCCCACCACCAUAACGCAUGGGCAGUCAGCCAUUUCAGCAAGCCCGGACUGCAUCCUGCUAGCUCCGGCUACCCUUGCAGUAGUAGCUCCAGUUCUGCUCCCGUGUCUUCCCUCACCCCUGCGUCCCACUCCAGUCCGCACCAUCUCUACAGUUUCCCUCCUACGCCUCCCAAAGACGUGUCCCCGGACCCCGGCCCUACUUCUCCAAACUCCAACUCUGCGAGAAUGGACGAAAAGGAGUCCAUAAAGUACCAAGUGUCACUCGCAGACGGAAUGAAAAUGGAGGGUUGCAGUCCUUUGCGCAACAGCCUGGCUUCGAUGAGUGCCCAAACUCCCGCAACGCACCUCCCUAUCCCGACCUACCCAUACUCUCUACCAACACCACACGAGUACGGCGGCAGCCUUUUUCACCCCGGUAGCCUGCUGGGCGGAUCUUCAUCCAGCUUUACGCCGAAGUGUAAAAGCAAAGCCCGGUCAUGCUCAGAAUUCUGCUCAGAGGGGCGCGAGUGCGUCAACUGCGGUGCCACCUCCACCCCCCUGUGGCGGCGGGAUGGGACAGGCCACUACCUGUGCAACGCUUGCGGCCUGUACCACAAGAUGAAUGGCCAGAACAGACCUCUCAUCAAGCCCAAACGCAGACUGUCCGCUGCGAGACGAGCUGGCACCUGCUGCGCUAACUGUCAGACCACCACCACCACCCUUUGGAGGCGCAACGGCAAUGGUGACCCGGUGUGCAAUGCCUGCGGGCUCUACUACAAACUGCACAACGUCAACAGGCCAAUGACCAUGAAGAAGGAGGGCAUCCAGACACGCAACCGCAAAAUGUCCAGCAAGUCCAAGAGGGGCAAGCGGUCCGGAGAUGGCUACGAUGAGCUGUCCAAAUGCAUGCAUGACAGGUCUUCUCCCUUCGGGGGUGGCCCCGGCCUGGCUGGACACAUGACCCAUAUGGGCCACCUUCCCCCCUUCAGCCACUCCGGACACAUGCUGCCAACUCCCAUGCCCAUCCACCACCCCUCCUUCAGCCAUCCCCACCACUCAGGUCGGUCGCCGGCCUGGGCUGAGCACUGAAGCCUCCUAAAGCCCCUGCAUCAGGCCUUGUCACCACCACCACCACCCCUCCAACCCUAUCACCACCACUACUGUAGGACCACAUAAAGAGGACUGCGUCUGUUUUUAGAAGGGUAAUAGUAAUGGGGAUCAACUGUCAGUAGGACAUUGUUUUGCCUGGCCUCAUUGAGAGAUUGAUGAAGAGGAAACGUGACUGAAGGUAGAAAGAAAGUGAGAGGGUAAAGAGGAAUGUGGGCAUGCUAAGUUGCUCCCUUCAAGUGUGUGGAAGACGAAGACGCAUGGGUGUACGAAUGGGGACAUUCAUGGUUCUUUUGCCUUUUUUCUACUAAGUCACUUUGGUACC